UCAGCGGCCGACCAAGCCGGCCUUGGCCCUCUCGAUCCUCUCGAAGGGUCGCGUCAUCACCUCACCAUGCGAGAGGUCAUCCAUGCGGCACACGGGCUUGCCCUCGGCCGCAAGCUUCUUGGCAAGACCACACGCAGCGGAAGCAGCGAAGGCACCGCACGGGUUGGACGUGUCAGCAGGUUUGUUGCGCUCGUGUUGUGAUCGUCCGUCGGGGGCGAUGUUUGGGUUCACUUCAGUGGGGGGCGGGAGGCGGCGCUCGAACGAGGGGUUUGUUACCCACCUGAUUCGGGGAUCUUCCCGCGUGAGCCAGGGGUCGUCGCUCAU